AUGCAACAGCGUGCGCAAUCAGCAGCAGAAGCAACAGCAGCAGCAGCAGCAGCAGCCGCAGCAGCAGCAGAAGCCAUGGGCGAGUCUGUCACUGAAGAGAUCAUGGACGUAUUCGCGGCAGCAGCAGCAGCAGCAGCGGCGGCGGCGGAAAGAAUAAAGGACCUCGAGGAGGCCCUGGGGCGGGACUUUGGAGCUCUCGAGCAGAUUAUUGUCAAACGGAAGAAGCAGAUGCUUGGGCAUUCCUAUGACAUGCAGUGGCUCCUCUCGGUCGAGAAACAGGUGGCCCCAGGGCUGCUGUUUACCAAUAAAGAAUCAGUGAAGUUAGACGGUCCCCUGUCCACACCCACUUCAACUGUACGCAAGGAGCUGCAGGCGAUUGCUUCGGACUACAUGGGUCAUCCGGAAGGCAUGUAUACCGAGGGUGACCCCUCAGAAGGGGGAUUUGAUACCGCACAAAUUGAUUCCGAUUCCGAUCCCGAUCCCGAUGCCGCAACACCAACACGUGUGGGGCCCGACACUUCGUCCUCAAAAGGCCACGUACAAAUACCCACGCAGCAACAGACGUCCCAAGACGAUGAGGCAGCCUCCACCGCUCCUGAAGGGGCACAAGAUACGAGCUCAGGUCCACAGGAGACAGAUGCUCAGGACCCCGACUAUUCAGAAGAGAUUGGGGACUUGCAGCCGCAGCAGCAGGACGACGUAAAUGAUCCGGUGGAUCCGUUGCAGUUGCAGCUGAAUGACUUGCAGGGGCAGAUGGAUGCUUUCCUGCAGCAGAUAGAGGAUCUGCAGGGGCAGGCGUGGCCCUUGCAGCAGCAGGCAGGGGAAUGGCUACUUCAGAUGCAGCAAGCGCAGUCUCAGGAGGAUAUGGAGGAUUUUCUCCAGAGGGCGCUGGACUUGCAAGCGCAAGUUGGGCCCAUGCUGCAGACGAUGGGACACUACCUGGGUACGACGGUUCUCCUGGGGCAGCAGAUAGACGAGUUGAUGCAAGCAACGGGGCCCCAGCCACAACAGGCGGUGUCCGUGCAGCAGCCGAUGGGGUCCGCGGAGGAGCAGGAAGGGCCAUUGCAGCAGCAGAUGGGGCCCCAGCAGGAGCAGGAAGGGCCCUCGCAACAGCAGAUGGGGCCCCUGCAGCGCCCGGCCGGGCCGUGGGAGCAGCCUAUGGGGCCCCAGCAGCAUCCGGCAGGGCCAUUUGCGCAGG